UGUCGACCACUGCUAUGUUAUCUCGCAAUACCCGCCUACUCGUUAUAGUCACUCUUUUAACUGUCUUUCUAGGAGGAAAGAACAAUGUCUUAUCCCAAGUCACAGGGAAGCACAGCGCCAAAGGAGUGCUCUCGGUUUUCGAGGCUGACAUACAAGAUUGCUCGCCUGUGAAACAGCUUAGCGCGCUUAAACACGCCAUUGAGGACCAGGAGUCGCCUAUUAUGCGCCAAAUCUUCUCCUGGCUCUUCCCGUUUGGGCCUGCCUGGAACUCUAUCCUUGGAACGUUUUACAUCAGCUCCGUUCCCAACUUCAUUCUUGCUUUUAUUCCUGCUGAAAUCAAUGGGGAUACCCUCAACACCAUGACUGCGUUUGCAACUGGUGGUCUUCUAUCCGACGUUUUUCUGCAUCUGGUACCACAUUCCUUCAUGGGUGAAAACCAAGGGUCGGGAGUACACUUCGUAAUGGUCGAAGAAAAACGGAACAUUCUGAUCGGUCUCGGCAUAUUCGUGGGGUUUGCGGCUUUCUUUUUCAUGGAGAAGACUCUCCGCGUUCUCAGCGGCGAUGAUGAAGGAUCAGGACACUCUCACUCGCAUUCCCACGUCGAGCCUACAGCUGUGAGAAUUUCAGGCGUAGAGCCAGUUUCUACGUCAUCUCAAGGCGGAGCACGAGCCCGAAAUCCGGAGAAAACCACCGCAGGGUCCAAUACAAGCGAGAUGGAGCCGGAAAAACGGGCUAAUGGUCCUUCCAAGCUGUCCGCAUACUUGAAUUUGUUUGGUGACUUCGUGCACAACAUCACGGAUGGCCUGGCCAUGGCCGCUUCCUUCUACGCUUCGCCUCUUAUCGGUGCAACAACAACGUUGGCAUGCUUUGCGCAUGAGAUUCCCCACGAGAUUGCUGAUUACUCGAUCCUGAUACGAAGCGGUUUUACGAAGAAACAAGCCAUGCAAUCACAGUUCCUCACCGCGAUCGGAGCAUUUGUUAGGACUUUUAUUGGUAUUGCCGUACACACUGCAACCGUCACAGACUCCGAACAACAAUUGAAAGACCUCGCGGCAGGAGUGCGACAGGACGCCACGGGCCUGCUCGGCACUACCGUGCAUUUAUCUGAUCUUGUGAGUCACAUGCCCAAUGAUAUUCCGUUCGUCGCUGGCGGGUUUCUGUACAUCGGCGCCGUCGCCGUUCUACCAACACUGCUUGCAGAAAGCAAGAGCGCGAAACAGGCCAUGCGCGAGUUUGCUGCGAUGGCCUUUGGUGUUGUGUGUAUGUUUUUGGUCGCUUGGAAUGAAUAGCCUCAACGUGUUAUCUUGCGCGUCUGUUCAGCAUCGGAUCUCAAAAGUCGGGCCUCAUCUUCCGCGCCUGUAGAGUGCAUCUGAUCCCCGAGUGACGUAUCUUUUCACGGUACAGCUUAAUGUGAAUGUUGAACUUUUCGAGAGAAAAUAAG